AUGACAGGGGGACAAGAGUACAAUGUGCGGGGAAAGAGUGCGAUAGUUACAGGCGCUGGGUCUGGUAUCAACUUGUGCUUUGCUGCCAUACUACUGAAGAAUGGCUGCUCUGUUCUCAUCGCCGACCUUGCACUCCGGCCUGAAGCACAGAAGCUCGUAGAUGACUACAGCAGAAAGGAGGAAGGCAAACCACGAGCGGUUUUUCUCAAAACAGAUGUAACCGACUGGCCCCAACUAGAGCGCAUGUUCAGCGUCGCCGUGCAAGAAUUCGGUCAAGUUGACAUUGUCUGUCCUGGAGCCGGUAUCUAUGAUCCCCACUGGACCAACUUCUGGCACCCGCCGGGCGUCCCUGGCGGCAAGAGCAAGGACGAUCCCAGCGGAGGACGGUAUGCAAGUAUCGACAUCAACGUCACGCACCCUAUCCGCACAACCCAACUAGCUAUUUCGCACUUCCUGAAUCCCCCGCCUGGCGUGCAGAAAGUAGGACCUCAGAACCCCAAGCGCGUCAUCAUCGUCUCCAGUAUAGCAGGACAGAACCCGAAUUUCCACGCUCCAAUCUACGUCGCUGCUAAGCAUGCCAUGAAUGGGUUUGUCCGCUCGCUGGCUCCGUUGGAAGCUGAGUUAGGUAUCAGAGUCAAUGGUGUGGCACCUGGUGUUAUCAAAACACCACUAUGGACCGAGCACCCGGAGAAAAUGUCAUAUCUGGACUUGGAAAAAGAUAUAUGGGCCACGCCUGAAGAAGUUGCAGAAGCAAUGUUGAGGUGUUUGCAGGAGGCUGAAAUGGUUGGAGGCACGAUUCUUGAGGUUGGCGCGAAGCAGACUAGAAAGGUUGAGGCGCUGAAUGAUCCAGGCCCGAGUGGCCCUGGUCAUACAGUCAGCAAUAUGAAGGAGCAGUAUAAAGAGGUGUAUGAGUGGCUGGGCCAAGAGGGAUGGGGUGUUGGGAAGACGAAAUUGUAA